CGUAGCCCGUUCGUCUUCGUCCUCCAGAAAAAGGAAAAACCCCUCGUCCCGCCCAGCCUAGGGUUCUUCCUUCCCGCCGCCGCCGCCUCACCGCUCCGACUCGCUUCCACGCCACCCAGACUGCCAGUUCUACUUCAAAGCCAUGGCGGAGGAAACCAAUGGAAAGAAGGAGGAGGAGGAGUUCAGCACAGGUCCUCUGUCAGUGCUCAUGAUGAGCGUCAAGAACAAUACCCAGGUUCUUAUCAACUGCCGGAACAACAAGAAGUUACUUGGUCGUGUGAGGGCAUUUGAUAGGCAUUGCAACAUGGUUCUUGAGAAUGUUAGGGAGAUGUGGACUGAGGUACCAAAGACCGGUAAAGGCAAGAAGAAGGCUCUUCCAGUGAACAAAGACAGGUUCAUAAGCAAGAUGUUCCUCCGUGGGGAUUCAGUCAUCAUUGUUCUCAGGAACCCGAAAUGAGUCUCUUGCACACAAGAAGAUCUUUGCAAGUAGUAAAGUGCUAUGAAUUAGUCUGUAUGCCAACUUGUAGCAUGGGAUUGCAAUAGAUGACGAUUCCUGAGCCAGAAUUAGCUGUGUAUGUCAAUGGUGGAGGGUUGUUGUUGGAUGCUAUGAAUUGGUUUUACCUCUUGUAACUGAAUUAAAUUUGUAGUUUAUGUUUGGAAUACCGGCAAACUCCACUGUUUGAAUUGGCUGUCAUUCGAGAAUAGUAAUUACCAAGUGACCUGAGUGCCA